AUGGGCAAUUCCCAGGGGAACGCUCGGAUGCGUUCGCCCAAUGACAUCUCCGACGUUGCUCGUGGAAAAGACGGAUGGGUUGAACUGGAUCGUGACGAAGCGUGCCGGUUUGUGUCUCUUGAGGCUCCCAUCACUGACGCAGUCGAGUUUCCCUAUGAUAACAAGCCUGAGCACGGUUCCUUCGUGAAUGUCCAAGGUCUCCGUAUCCAUACGUAUUUCUGGUACCCUCAAGCGUCGCAGUCGAGAACCUCUGGUGCAGGUUUGAGAGAAUCAACUUCGCGUCCUGACGCGUCUGCCUCCCCUUUGCUGCCCCAGCGACACUCUUCUUGCUCGCCUACUGCGUCCUUCUCGACACUCGGCGCAGGACAGGCCGCGCCGUCUUCUAGCCUUGAUCGCAACAGAGGGCCGACGAAAGUCGCCCACGCUGGAUUUUAUCCUCCGCAUCCGUCUCCAUCCGUCACAUCUGUCCCCCGACAUGCGCUUCCGACGUGCAACGGGAGACGCGCCUACACAGCAGACCAUCUGGGGGCGGCGUCCGGCUCACUGCCCGCACCAGAACAGGCUCUUCUCGACAAAGCGACAGCUGUGUGCGGCGCUCGAGGAGUCGUGCUCCUUCUCCAUGGCUACUGCAACCACUCCCGCCUUGCCUGGCUUUCCAAACCUCUGCCGCCGGGUCACAGGCGAAGAGACCCGACGGUGGUUGGGUACCCAACCGUCUCUGAAGCUUUGUCGGUGCCUGCGGCCGUCGCUUCAAACAGUUCGUGUCGAUCCGAAGCGGACGAGCAAAGCUUCGACUUUUCGCCCGCCGCCACUCUCUCCACAGCUGGGAGUUGGAAAAACGCGCUAGAGGGUACAUCGGAGUUCAAACCUGAUCCGCCGGGGCGAGUGGCGAGCCGCUCGCGAGCGGCGUCGCUGACGGCUGAAGAACCGGCCGGAGGGUGCGAUCGAACUGAAGGAUGGGUGGAGACAGUUGGGGACGCCAGCGUCUCUGCGUCAUGGCAUAUUCAGUAUCAAGGUAGUUGGGUGGAAGCGCUAAACCGGGCGGGCUUUCUGGUCGCCGCCAUGGAUUUCCAGGGCCACGGCCUAUCUGAGGGUUGGCAAGGGAAACGUGGGAGUGUGAACCGGUUGGAUGACCUCGCCCUGGACGUCAUUCAGUUUAUCACUAUCAUUCGCCGUCGCUGCCAAUUCCUUCGCGGAGUGUACAGACACUGUGUGCACGAUGGGAAGCAUCGAAGUGGUUCAAGGGAGGUCAAGGAGGGUGCAGAACGGCGGCCAGACUCCGAGCGACAAACGAGCAGCAAGCCACGCCGCGGGAUGCCAACGAGCGAGAUGGAGCCAAACGGUGGAGAAACGAAGGAACAGUCCACUCAGGAGAGCAACGGAGGAAUUGACAACGAUGAGGAAAAUCCUCCGAUUUUUCUUCUGGGUGUAUCUUUAGGUGGAUGGGCAGCUGCCAGGACGAUUCAGCUGCUCGGCGAUCCUAAAGCUGUAGCUUCGCUCUUCUUAGUUUGUGACCCGAACGGGCCUCUGCCCCAGUUUUCCGGCAUCCUGACGCCACACGCAGCUGCCAGUCCACCUCACAGCGGUGCCUCUGCUGGUCCGCUUCCCUUCCCCAUUGAAAAGCAACUGACGUCCUCUCUCUCAGCCGCCCGGGUUUCUCGGCAGCGACAGUCUUCCUCUUUUGCGAGUCUUGGCGCUUUGUCAUCCGUUGGGCAAACGCAAACGUCCCUUACCACUGCAGGUGUAUCGGGCUGCGUGCUUCUCUCGCCGAUGUUGGAUCUCUCUUUCGUGAAGAGUGCAACAAAAUAUAAUCUCUACCGACACCUGAUGGUUCGUUUAGCAGAGUGGGCACCAAACAUGGUUGUCUCCCGGCCUCUUCCCAAUAAGGAAUAUCCCUACCUGGAGGCGCACAUGCAAAGAGAUAAGUAUACGUAUAAGGGUGGUUCGCGAUUGCGAAUGGUGAGGGAAAUGUUUGAAGGAACUGACACGAUUCUCCAUCCAGAGUGUCUCUCCCUCAUAUCUGAGAGUACCUGCGGGGCGCUCCUGGUCAUGCACAAUCUUCUCGACGGUGUCUGCGGAGUCGAGGGGAGUCUGCGUCUCUUCCAUGGUGCCACAAGAAUCAGAGACAAAAGCUUUCUUGCGGUGAAUGCGUAUGUGGAUGGCACUGCGUCUACUCAGCACCUGAAUCCUGUGGAGUUCAGCACGGGCGCGCCAGCGGAAGUUUUGGCGCGAUUCGGAACAGGCGCGCUGCCUGCACCGGCCUCUACACUCGCUGGAUGUGGAAGCCCAGAAGUGCUUCAGCCGCUCCAGGAGACUAGAGAAGGUGUCAAGGCGGCGGGAGGAAGUAUGGAUCUCGAAGGACAGGCAGCGGCUCAGGAUCCGCAUGCAACGCCCUGUGCUGUGACCGCAGAGAUUCGAUGCGGUCUGGCGCACGACCUGUCGGAGGGCACAAGUGAAAGCGUUGAGCGAAAGAGGACGCCAAGCCAGCAUCGUCACCAAGGCACAGAGGCCAGAGACUCAGUAUCCGGUCCAGCGGUCGGUAAGGAAGAAGUGGGUACAGAGGAAGUUUGCGACGUCACUUCUUUGAAUGCCCAUGAAGGCGGGAAGUCGCAGCAGCAGGAGAAUGUUGAGAGGGCAGUCCCCUUUCAGGCCACUGGGAGAGAGUUUUCUCUUGUGUUUUUCUGA